CAAUUGGCCGAAAAUGUUGCAUUGGCUGUCUGGUCGCCAAACUCAGUGGAUGUUGCCUAUGUACAAAAUAAUGACAUUUACGUUUAUUCAACGAAGACAGACGAAACCAUCAUUGUCACUGAUGAUGGCAAUGAAAAUGUCUUCAACGGUAUCCCAGACUGGGUUUAUGAAGAAGAAGUGUUCAGUAACGACAGAGCGCUAUGGUGGUCACCUAAUGGUGACUACCUGGCCUUCUUGAAGACAGAUGAAACUAAUGUUGGAGAAUUUUCCAUUCCAUACUAUGCUCAGAAGGAAGAUGAUGUGUACCCAGAGGUUAAAACUAUCAAAUACCCAAAAAGUGGUACUCCAAAUCCAGUGGUUGACUUAUGGGUUCACAGAUUUAACGAU